CAUCUUCUUCCACAACCCCAUUCCUCUACUCUCCUCUUCUCUCAUCCACAGAUCACCGCCACUCCUCCACAACCUCUCCAUCGCCGCCCCUCCUCCACAGUCUCUCUUCCACAGCGCCGCCACUCACCUCCUCAGUCGACAACUCCUCAGCCUUCACCUCCACAUCAAUUCCACAGCCCCAUUCCUCUCAUCUCCUCUCAUCCACCGAUUCCAUCGUCGCCAUGGCUUCAUCCACUGAGAAGGAAUUUAUGCCUCACUACCGAUCCAAACGACAAAAAGCUAGGGUUUCGUCUCUCCGACAUCGGUAUCUCGCACGUCGAAAUUGACAUCCCUGAACAGCCUCCGUUGCCGAUUCAUCACUGGAAAAUGAUCGCUCCGUUGUUAGAUUCUGUUAAACGAGUUGGAAUUAGGGUUUCUGGAUCGGAAAAAUUGGAAGAGAAGGUGAGUUAAAGAUGUUA